CAGUAGGCUGUAGUGAAGUCAUUUUGCCUCAUCUGCUCCUUUUAAGCCGGCAUUUUUAAGAGGGAGGUCCCUGGGAGGCAUAUACAAACACUCGGUGAAACACCCCACACUCACCCAUAAACUGCACUAGUAGCCAGCAGAGAAGUGACCUAUUCCUUCACACAGAACAGGAAGUUGAAGUGACCUGACAUCAAGAUGGCUGCAAAGGGAGUCGGCAUGGCUAACAAAGGUCAAGCGUUUGGCAUGAGCCGACAGGUUCAGGAUAAAAUUGACAGCAAGUAUGACACUGAGCUGGAGCAGAUCCUGGUGGAGUGGAUUAGUCGUCAGUGCGGUUCUGGUGUGGCACGACCAGAGGCGGGAAAAAUGGGCUUCCAGGCCUGGCUGAAAGAUGGUUGUGUCCUGAGCGAGCUGAUUAACAGUCUGUUUACUGGAGAUAAACCUGUGAAGAAGAUCCAGGGUUCAAGCAUGGCCUUCAAACAGAUGGAGCAGAUCUCCCAGUUCCUCAAUGCUGCCGAGAAGUAUGGUGUCACCAAGACCGAUAUGUUCCAGACCGUGGACCUCUGGGAAGCUAAGGACCUGGCAGCAGUGCAGAGGACCCUGUCAGCUCUGGGCAGCUUGGCCAUUACCAAGGAUGAAGGGACAUAUAAUGGAGACCCUAACUGGUUCUUCAAGAAAGCUCAGGAGAACAAGCGAGAUUUCAGCGACGAGCAGAUAAAGGCGGGAAAAAAUGUUAUUGGCCUUCAGAUGGGAUCCAAUAAGGGAGCAAGUCAAGAGGGCAUGAGCUACGGAAGACCCCGGCAGAUCAUGUAAAUUCAAUGAGCCGCAAAAGCCCCAAAACCUCUGCAGCCCCCAACACCCUCUUAGAGCCUGUAAGCGUCUGACUGGUCCACUACAACUUCCCUUUCAUACUAAAACUGUCUCUGCUUUAGAGUUUAGUCACUUUCUAAAAAGUUCCCCCUCCUCCUGAGUUUUUACACGUACCCUGAACCCCCAGGUAGAUGAACCACAGUGCUCACCAUGCUUUGUUCCUCCCACUGCAGUUAGUUAGGCCCAAUACCACUCAAUGUUUAAAGUCUUAGAAAUUAGAAACCAGAAAAAGUUCAAAUUUGCCUUGGAGAUAAAAAUACCAAGAUGUUCAUGGAAACAGUCACAGCACUCAUAUGACAAAUAACUGACCACUGUUCCAUCUCUGAUAGAUAACAAAUGUCUGAAUUAUGGCAGCAGUUUUCUUAAACUUUUCUCUUUCUUUUGAAAUAUUGGCUCUUGAUUCUGACUCGAAGACUGAUUUGUUGUAACUAGUAACUUACAGAAGGGACAGUCUUUUCAAUUUGAGUGGUGACACCCAUGACAUAUCAGCACUCCUUCAUUUUACUUUAAAAAUAUUGUUCUAUACUUCCCACUUCCCACAAUGCAACGCCUGCUGUAUCAGCACCAAUAUUUUUGUACAUUGUCUUAUUAAAUAAUGACUUUGAAAUACA